UUUGUGUAAAAAAAUGAUGUUUUCCACCGAAAAUACGUGAAAUUGGUGGCUAAAACUACUGAAAUAUUAAAAAUCAGCUCAGCGCACCAUGGCUAGUCGGAAUGCGGUCGAGAUGGAGAAGCAAUUUCUGGCCGACCUUGAAAAAGCCAAAGCACUGAGUAUGGAAACGUUGGAGCUGGAAAAGAUUCGCAAGCAGCGUUAUUCACAGCCAGACUCGUUGAACAAGUCUGAUUCACGAACACUUGCGGAAUAUAAGAAUUAUCUUGAGAGGAAAGCUAAACUUCAUCAGGGAUUACCGCCAGGAGCGAAUAAUGUCCCAAAAAAUGUCAGCACUGUUAACUUCUCAGCCGAAGCUCGAUUCACUAGUGAAGCUCGUAAUCCUGUGCGAGAUAGUCAACUGCCCAAAGGAAUAGAUGAGGCAGAUUUAAUUUCGUUUAAUGCUCUUCCUCCGCCUCCGAAUCCUCAAGAUGAGGCCCAUAAUAAUCUUAAAGAACUGGUUGAUCAAAUGCAUCGUUUGAACACUCAGAACCCUUACGAUCAUGGUUACAAAACGCAACGCAGUUUAAGCAUGUCAUCUGCCUCAUCUUACGGAUCAUACUCACCAGCUUACCUCCAGCAGCAGGUCGUUCAGAACUACAAUCAGGCUGCGAUGCAGAUAGUUCCAUACCAAGAAGCAAUGAAACCUAAACCACUGACUCCGGACGAGCUGAAACGCUUAUACAAUAUGCCAACAAUGUAUGGAACUAUGCCUGCUGGACCUCCGCAGUCCGGUUUCAUUGCUCAACCUCAAUUUCCACCGGCCAACUAUCCUCAAGCUCAAACCUCCUUCCCACCUCAGGUUCAUCCCAACUCUGCUCCCACUACUAACUUCAUUCCACAAUCGUCAGCAACAGUUGUUCCUCCGCCUAUCGGUUUCAUUCCUCAACCCGCGCUGUAUUCCACCUCGACGGUUCCGGUGGCAAACCCCGAGUCCGCUCUGGUGCACGUACCGAAGCCCGUCAAUCCAAAACUAACACUGAACAACCGCUCUGCCUCCCAACCGCAACAGUCGUUCCCUCCUGCUAUUCCAGGCCCAUCCAACUCGAAUCCUUUUACUCGAAAAUCCCUUGCCGCCAGUGCAACGAAUAAUGGUAAUAGUAGUAGCAGCAAUAAUAACAACACCAAUAGUGAAGUGGUUCUACGCCCGAAAAGCGAUCCCACCAAGCUGGGAGAUAAUCUGAUAGAUCUAGGCUUCGAGGACAACUCGCGCGUAUCGGUGCUGGAGGCCUUCGAUCCGCUGUUGUGUGGCAAUCGUAGCAGUUAUGGCGACGGCAGUGAAGACGACAAAGAUGAUACUGCUUCGACCUACUACGAGGAUUACGAUCCGUUCGAUUACAUCUACAGCGGAGGAACGCAGUACUCGGAUCCGGUGUAUGAGGCGGUCAACCGUUCAGACAAGACUCCCCUAUCGCCGAAUAGCAGCGGUUCUGGCCCUCCACCAAUCGGAUGGAACGUCUCAAGUGCGUAUGGUUUCGGAGAGCCCGAGUUCCUAGAAGGUGAGCCUCCACCGUUGCCACCGAGAAACAGCGAUCUGUAUCAUUCCAUGAUCGAUGGCGGUGGUGGGCCAGGUACAACGGCGAGCCUAGGACCCACCACCUCCACCGGUAGCGACUAUGAGGUCAUGCAGAAGCAAAUUACGGAACGGCGAUCGGCACCGACAAAGCUGUACGAGAAUGUAGUAGUCCGCAAAAGCUACGAUAAGGAACUGAUUGCCUUCUACAACAUGGUGAAGCAGUUGAGAGCACAAUAUCGCUACGAUGAUCCGGUGAGCAAUGUGGGCCACGUGGUGCCUUCUGAAUUCGAUAAUCACUACCCAGAGGGGACCAGUAUCAAAUUACUAGUGCAUCCAUCGCAUGACUGUUUUACUUCGUAUGAUAGCCAAAACAAGGGCCAAAUUGAUGGUUAUGGUCCUCCGAUUCCAUUCACCUGUGAUAUUACGACAUCGGUAGAGCACGUCAUUGCCCAAGUCUUCUGCGCUCUGGAGGGACAAAUCAUGAACAGCGGUGGUGAUUACGUAUUGAAAGCGAUUGGCAUUCAGGAGAUUCUCCGUACCAGCUCCAGGCUGAAUCAGCUGCAGUGCGUCCACAACAGUAUCAAACUGGAGCACGAUGUUCAGCUGGGUUUCGUCCCGAAAACACCUCGAAUAAUGCGAACUAUAGCUCGGACUGCACAGGACGACCAACGGGAUGCGGAAAUCAAGCUGGAACAUAUCCUAUCGAAGGAAGCAACGUCUGCCAUUGGCUACGAUGAUCUGAUGAUACUGCUGGAAACGCUGGAGGCAGAAAUCGAUAAGCUGCAAUUGUCGGCCGAUGAUCACAGUCCUCAUACGAUCAUGAGUUGCUCUGGAGUGAUCCAAGCUGUGAAGGCAAUCUGCAACAUGUUGGGACCGAUCGAUACGCUCGAAAUUACCAAAUCUAUCGAUGAUCUGAAAACUUGCUGUGAUAGCGGUCAGACGAUCUAUAGCUAUAACGAUACGCCGCCCGAUUAUAGCAAUGGCAGCUUGAGUAUCGUUUCGGAGAGUGGAGAUUACGCUGAGGUCAAGCUGCGCCCAAGGACCAUCAGUCAGCAGAUUCAGUAUCGAUGUAACGAGGUGCGCAACGCUAUUCAGAGCUUGUUGGAGAUUUAUUCGCAUGCAUUCCGGGUUAAUUUUAUGGUCAACGUACCGGACUGGAGCACGAAUCCUAUUCCGAUCAGUAAUAUUUCACAGUCGGUUAUGGUGAAUAUUAUGUGUCUGCAUCGACCUCCGAUCCAUUGGAAGCACGACGAGUACAAUCUGGGCGUUCAGAUCUAUCACGGAGCUCGGUACAUAAGUGAGGCAAUGGUGACGUACUGUUCGAAUGAAAUUAGCGGAAUCUAUCCAAGGUUGAAGUUCAAUUCUUGGAUAAUGUUCCGUAAUCCGGUUUGCACGCUGCCCCGUGAAUCGAGACUGAUUUUUGUACUGUAUGGCGUUACACGUGAACCGGUGGAAGGCGACAAACAGGAAGGAUCGUCCAAUGCCGACGGAAACGCUCAAGAAGGCAGAGUCACUAAGGUGGAACUGGGUUGGUCAGCGAUCCAGUUCUUCGAUUUCGAUCGAAAAAUGAUUCAAGGUUCGUACCUGCUCUCCCUAUGGCCACCGACUGCGGAAAAGUACUUUGGACCGGCACCAGCAAAAGGAACCCACCCUCUGGGAUCUGCAUAUCCCAUAUUAGGAGUCGAAAUUCCCAGCUACGGAGGCUCAGUUGUAUUCCCGGAACCGAUCAAAAACCUCCCUCCGUGGGCCAAACUGGAUUUCAACAGCUUGGAUCGAAAUUUGCAACAGGAACUAAUCGACACGGCAGAGCAGGGCUACUCAGCCGACAAAUUGGAAAAGCGUGAAGUUCUUUGGGAAAAGCGACAUUACCUUCACUCGUUACCUCAUGCAUUGCCCAAGAUCCUUCACGCAGCUCAUAGCUGGGACUACGCUUGCCUGGCAGAUCUUCACGCCUUACUGAAAUCCUGGCCGGCAUUGACACCGGUUCAAGCAUUGGAACUGCUCCUCCCACGCUAUCCCGAUCUGGAAGUUCGCCGACAAGCAGUCGAAUGGAUUUCCCAUAUGCCAAACGACGAAUUUACCGACUAUCUGCCGCAGCUCCUUCAAGCCUUGAAACAUGACACAUACGAAGCAUCACCUCUAUCUCACUUAUUGCUACGCAAAUCACUGGAAUCACCACGUAUAGCACAUCACCUGUACUGGCUGCUGCUGCACAGUCUCCCGGGGGAAGCUCCACAAAACAUGAUCGAAAUGGGUCAACUCGACGAAGCUCUAGUAAUUCAGGCUCGCUAUCAUCGGAGGAAUCAGCUGAUGCUGCGAGCACUGAUGGCCACUUGCGGAGAAAAGUUGACUGCCCGUUUCCUCUCGCAGAACAUGAUGUGCAAGAAGCUUGGGGAAGUGGCACAAAGUGUCAAGAUAUCCAAAGAAUCCCAGCGGUUGCAGAUUCUCAAGCAAGGCUUGGAAUCGGUCAAUCAGAUGCUGAUCGAUAAUCCAACUGUACUUCCAUUGGGACCCGGGAAUGAAGUGACGGGAGUUGUUGUCCGUAGCUGUAAUUAUUUCAAUUCGAAUACGCUUCCACUGAAGGUCAAUUUCAUGGGCUCGGACAAGGUCAUCGUGCCGGCUAUCUUCAAAAGCGGCGAUGAUCUCCAGCAGGACAUGCUGACGAUUCAGAUGGUUCGCAUUAUGGAUAAGCUGUGGCUGCGGGAGGGACUCGAUUUGAAAAUGGUCACGUUCGAUUGCGUUCCGACGAGCUACAAGAAGGGCAUAAUCGAGAUGGUGUCGGAUUCGGAGACGCUCCGCAAGAUUCAGGUCGAGUGGGGCCUGACGGGUUCGUUCAAGGACAAAUCGAUCGCCGAGUGGCUGGCCAAGCAGAACCCUAGUCAAUUAGAGUACCAAAGGGCUGUGGAGAAUUUUACGCGUUCCUGCGCCGGCUACUCGGUGGCCACGUACAUUCUCGGUAUUUGUGAUAGGCAUAAUGACAACAUUAUGCUCAAAACUUCGGGACACUUGUUCCACAUAGAUUUCGGUAAAUUCCUAGGAGAUGCACAAAUGUUUGGUAAUUUUAAGAGAGACCGCACUCCGUUCGUCCUGACCUCGGACAUGGCGUACGUGAUAAACGGAGGCGAUCGGCCUUCAGCCAAGUUUCACAAGUUCGUCGAUCUGUGCUGCACCGCAUUCAACAUCGUGCGCAAGCACGGUGACCUGAUAUUGCACAUGUUUGCCCUGAUGACGACUUCGGGCAUUCCCGGUGUAACGGUCGAAGCAGUCAACUACGUCCGCAAUGCACUGCUUCCGGGCCAGUCGAAUCCGGAAGCGGCGGCAUCGUUUGCGAAAAUGAUUCACAUAUCGCUCAAGUCGUGGUUUACGCAGUUCAACUUUUUCUUGCAUAACAUUGCGCAGAUGAAGUUCUCGGCCGAGAGCGACGACGGCGAGCUGUUGAGCUUCGUCCCAAGGGUCUACACCAUGGCCCAGGACGGACGACUGAAGUCGGUCACCGUGCACGGAUUCCAGAAGCGCUACGAUCUGGAAAAGUAUUACACCUACAUCUUGAAGGUGACCCGCCAAAAUCAACCGGAUCCCGCGUAUCUGUUCCGUUCGUACAAGGAAUUUAGUGAGUUUCAUCAGAAAUUAUGCAUCCACUUCCCGCUGGUGAAGUUACACAGCCUACCUUCAGGGAUCCACGUGGGACGAUCGAACGUCAAAACGGUAGCCGAACGUCGUCUUCCAGAGAUCCGCCAGUUUCUGAUCUCGCUGUUCAACUCGGCGGAUGAAAUUGCACAUUCCGAACUAGUUUAUACAUUCUUUCAUCCGUUGCUACGCGAUCAGCAGGAAGCGGACAUCCACGCGGCUAAAGUUAAGGGUAAUCGAGCCAUUGCCGACGAGUACCAGCAGCUGCGCGGUGAGAUUAAGUUCUCGCUGCAGUACCAUCGCGAUGCACUGAUAGUUAUGAUACAGCAUGCCCGAUCCUUGCCAAGCACUGCGAACAACCCCGAACCGAACACCUACGUGAAGGUUUACUUGCGACCGGACCAAUCAAAGGCGACCAAACGCAAAACCAAAGUAGUUCGAAAGAAUUGCAACCCUAGCUUUAUGGAGACUCUCGAGUACCGUCUCCCGUUGGACUUUAUCCAGAAGAAAACGCUAGAGGUGACGGUUUGGUCGCACGACUCUCUGCAGGAGAAUGCAUUCUUGGGAGGUCACCGGUUGUUGCUAGCCGAACUGGAUCUUCGGCACGAAAUCAACGAAUGGUUUCCGCUGGGUUAUCUGCCAAGGACGUAGUCGAUUUAUUAGUUGCAAUAUCAAAUAAUUCAAGUGCAUUUUGGAUUGAGCUUUCUUAGCAUUGGUUGAUACGAGUAGUUAUAGAUACUCGAAUUGUGGCGAUUAGUGUACCAACAGGGUCGGAAGAAUUAAGACAAAAAGUUUACACGUUUUCGGAUUAAG